CGAUCGAUUGCUCCGCAAUGUUUCGCUCGGUAGGUAAAGAUGGCGGCUCCUAUGGAAGCGCCAGUGUCCCUAUUCAUGUGAAUUACCAAAACAAAGCCUUUCCAGGCGCCGUGAGAGCGGACUUUCGGGACUGGAGACAUGUGUGAGAGUUACGCGCGCUCGCUGCUGCGGGUCUCCGUGGCGCAGAUGUGUCAGGCGGUGGGCUGGGAUGCAGUGCAGCUGAGCGCCUGUGAUCUGCUGUCCGAUGUGCUGGAGAGAUACUUGCAGCAGCUGGCCCGGAGCUGCCACCGAUACUCCGAGCUCUAUGGACGUACAGACCCUGGACUGAGUGAUGUGGACCAGGCUUUUGGACUUUUGGGAGUCAGUAUAUCUGAACUCGAGGACUAUGUAAAUAACAUGGAGCCUGUUGGCUUGCCACAAACUAUCCCUCAGUUUCCCAUCAGCAAGAGCAGCGUUCUUCAGUUUCCUGCUUCUGGCUUUGACACGGACGCCCGUGAGGCCCUGAAGGGCGAGAGGAGAGACUAUAUCCCAGAUUACUUCCCUCCGCUCGUCUCACUGCAAGAAGAUGAGGAAGAGGAGGAGCCGGUCCCUGCAGAUAUGGGCACUUCUGCCGAGGCCAUGCAGGUCUCCCUGGGUGAGGAAGAGGAGGUUGAGGAAGAGGAGAAUGAUGAGAACUGGCUUAGUUGUCAUGGUGGAGAGAGUCCCAGGCCUGAGGGUCUAUUACCCGCCGCCAAGAGACCCCGCCUGAGCAGCAAACCCGGUGUUAGCCCCGAAUGGAGUUACGAGCCACGGGAACCUCUCAGUUCCCUCAACUCCCAACACAUGCCCCAUUCCCCCUCCCCUCCCCUCUCCCCUGAAUUACCCCGACCUCCUUUGGCACCCCCUACACCUGGACACAAGCCAAAACUGCCCUCACCUUCUCCUGCACGGCAGAAGAACAAAUCACCCAAAAGAGGUGCUGGUUCUGCACCCACUGGUGUAUUGGGGCGACCACUUAUUUUGACCCCACCCAAGACCAAUCAGAAGGCAGGAAAGAGGUCACCAGGUAGGCCCAAAAGCCCCCGCAGCCCAAGGCCAAGCUCUGCCCUUUUGGGUGCAACUGGACGUGGUUGGGGUGGACCUCCUGCAGAUGAUAGUUCUCAUGAUGGCCAGUUCAGAGCUCAAGAUACAGGAGACGAGGAUAUUGAGAACUCUAUUGCUGCUGUGAUUGCACGGGCUUGUGCGGCUGGAGAUGGCACAUCAGACCCAUUUGCUUACGACUCGGACUCAGACAGUGAGGUGCCAAACCCUCCAAAACCUGCACCCAAACAUAUACUAAGCCACAUCAAACCUCCACAAGCUCUCACCGUAAAACACCCACUUCCACCAGUUCCCCCAAAUCUCAACCCACCUAAUCGCUGGACGAUGGAUGACUCUAUAGACGAGGUCAUCCGAAAGGCCAAUCAGGUUCAAAAGCCAAUUCAGGUCUUUCACACAAGUCUUUCACCUCCAGAACCUACUUACCUGUCGUCCCCACCUGACUCACCUCCCACACCACCGCCACUUCUAAAACCUCCCCAGGAACGGAAAGACCCUGCUACCGCUACCCUUCUGAAGAAAAAACUAAAGAAAGACAUCAGGAUCAAGUUGAAGAAGAAAGACAAGGAGCGACUCAAGGAGAAGGGCAAAGAGAAAGGAAAGAACAAGGAGAAAAACAAGGAGAAGAAGAGGGAAAAGGAGCGAGGGCAGGUAGAGGAGAACAAGAUGCCCUGGCCGGAGCUAUUGCUGGGAGGUGAAGAGCGGAGAGACGGCAUUAGCGGGAAGAAAGAGAAGGACAAGCACAAGGACAAGAAGAAAGAUAAAGAGAAAAGCAAGAAAGAGAAAGAGAAACGAGACAAGGGCAAGGAGCGAGGCAAGGAGGAGAAGAGGAUAUCUCAAGGAACCAAAGACAUCGCCGCUGCCGUUGGCGCCACCAGCCCACUCUUCAGCCCCCAGACCUGCCUACGAAUCCCGUCAAUGUUGCCCCCUUUGCCACCUAUACUCCCUGAUAAAUUAUUCCCACACCCCAAGGAUACCAAGAGCAAAGACAAGGACAAGAAAAAGGACAAGAAAGAGAAGAAGAAGAAAAAAGAGAAGGAGAAAGACAGAGAGAAGGAGCGCGAAAAGGAACGGGAGAAGGAACGGGCAAGGGAGAAGGAGCGAGAUAAAGAGGAGAAGAAGAAGGACAAAGAGAAGAAAGAAAAGACAAAGGAAAAGGAGAAAGACAAGCCAAAACUUGAGAAAUCAAGUUUAUUGGCUGAUAUUCUUCCUGCUGUCCCACCGUCUCCUGUCAUACCCCGACUGACCCUCAGAGUGGGUGCUGGACAAGACAAGAUUGUGAUCAGUAAGGUGGUCCCAGAUUCAGAACCCACCCCUCCACCACCACGGACCCCAGUGGUCAGGGCCAGUCCAGCAGCACGGAUGCGUUCCCCUCCUGCUCCCCCUCCACCUGCCCCGGCUCCUGUAGCACCUCCACCCCGCCCUCCUCCUGUCCUGCCCCCUCCACCCCCAGCCGCCCCCAUUCAGCCGCCACCCAGCCAGGCCAAAGCACGGGGAUGCAGCGUUGUCACAGAGACCGUCAGUGCAUACGUGAUUCGGGAUGAAUGGGGAAAUCAGAUCUGGAUUUGUCCAGGAUGUAAUAAACCUGAUGACGGCAGUCCCAUGAUCGGAUGCGACGAGUGUGACGACUGGUAUCACUGGCCCUGUGUGGGUCUUGUAGCCGCCCCUCCAGAGGACCAGUCGUGGUACUGUGUGAAAUGCGCUGGCAAGAAAAAAGACAAGAAGACAAAAAAAAGGAAACGCAAAGCGCACUGACCCACAUUUCUUUUUCUCUCGUCUCCGUCUUCAUCUGUUUUCGCCUUAAUUCAUUUCCAACUCUAUUUCGCCUCAUUUGUUUUUGUUUUUUGUUUUCUUUUUUUCCCCACCCAGCCCUUCUUUUAACUUGGUUAACUUAACUCAGUGUCCAGUAUCAUAAUGUAUUUUUUAAAAUGAAAAUUUCAAAUGUGUAUAUGUUACUUUUUUAUGUGGAGAAUCGUAUAGUAUGUCUAUAUGAUCUUUGUAUCGAGCUCAUGAUUGUUCAGUAGAUGUGUUGAAAUGAACCUCUCAGUUUGCCCUCAUUAAAGGUUGUUCCAUGUAUGUGCUGAUUCAUCAAAUCUACAUCACCCAUGAGAAAAAGCAUUCUGUACUAUAAUCUGCCUUUUAAUAUCGUUCUUCUGAUUGAUUUUGACUGGAGGUGCAUUUUCAUUUUACUAUGGAUUUAAUUAAAAGUUGCUUUUUCACAUCUUA